GUCCUCAUUUAUGGCCUUGGGGCAGUUAAUGUGUGAUAUUCUGGGAUAUAAAGGUCGACCACGGGGUGGGAACCUGAGCUCAGCGGCUGGGAACUGCUGGGAGCUGUCACCAAGAAAGGCCACCAUGUCGGGAGAACUGGAGAUGACAAAACUGGACUUGAAACCGGGGACAACCUUGAAGAUCAAGGGCAGGAUCGCGGAUGAAGCUGAUGGCUUUGUGAUUAACCUGGGCCACGGGACAGAUAAGCUGGGCCUGCAUUUUAACCCACGCUUCAAGGAAUCCACCAUCGUCUGCAACACCCGGGACGGCAACUGGGGGAAAGAGCAUCGGGACAGUCACUUGUGCUUCAGCCCCGGGUCACAGACCAAGGUGACCCUGGCCUUUCACAGUGAUGAGUUCAAGGUGGAGCUCCCAGAUGGGUACGAGUUGACCUUUCCCAACCGGCUGGGCUACAGCCACCUGAGCUACCUGUGUGUGAAGGGGGGGCUCCAGGUGUCCUCUCUCAAGCUCAACUGAGCGGCAGCAGUUACCCGAAGAAUUUAGCUCUCAACCCUGGUCCCCGACCCUCGCCCUUCACAGCCUUGGGUCCUGGAUCCACCCCCAACCCUUGACCCAGGUGUUUCCCGUUCCUGCUCCUCGGAUAUCGCAUUUUCCUCCCUCGAAGCCAAGAGCAAACAAAUAAACACCAAAAACCCA